CGUUACCCGGAAGUGAGUUUAUUUCAUUCUCGGAGCCAGCAGGAGCAGAUUUGCCACGACCCAAACCUAAAAUGGCUGCACCCUCACAGUAUAUCCUCCCUAAUGAUCUACCUGUUGCACUGCUUGACUGUGAAGAAGCGUUUUCCUUGCUAUCAAAUGAGGAGAAGCUCUACACGCACUUCCUGUCACGAGCUUCGUUUUAUGGGGGUCUGAUUGUCCUGUUUCAAACAUCCCCUGAGUCUCCAGGAAUAUAUGUCUUGCUAAACCGGCUCUUCAGGGCUCAGGACCCUACUAAACUACGCGAGGUAGCCCUGAAACAGGGGCUCACAGAAGAUGAGUUUCAGGCUGUUUUGGUUUACACUGCUGGAUUGUUUGCCAAUAUGGGAAACUACAAGUCAUUUGGAGACACUAAGUUUGUCCCCAAUAUGCCCAAGGAAAAGUUAGAAAAGUUAUUGCGGUCAAGUGAAGCCUUUGAAAGAGAUCGAGAGGGGGUGGAAACAUUAUGGAAAAGUGUCGGAGAGCGCAUGUACUCACUGCAAGCAAAAGAGCGCCACCUGGGACUUGGAGACCAUGGGAUCACAACUUACUUCUCCUCAAACUGCACUUUGGAAGAUGCUGAAAUGGCGCAAAGAUUUCUGGAUUCUAAGAAUAUAAGUGCUUACAACACUCGACUAUUUAAGACUCAGGAUGAAGGAAGCAGGAGUAAAUAUGAGGUUCGAUUGGCUUCUGUCAACAAAGAGGACAAAGCCACAGAAUCAUCUGAUCUUCUUCAGUCUCUGGGACUCUUUGAGUUUGAGGGACAUGAGAUCCGUGUGACUCGAGGAGAUUACUCCCCCUUGCUGCUUAAAGUGCGUGAAAACUUGGAAAAGGCCAAGGCCUUUGCAGCAAAUGAUAACCAGCGGAAAAUGCUUGAAGAAUAUGGACGGAGUUUCCAGGAAGGGUCCAUCCAAGCUCAUAAGGAGGGAUCUAAAUAUUGGGUGCAGGACAAGGGACCAAUAGUGGAGAGUUACAUUGGAUUCAUCGAGAGCUACAGAGACCCAUUUGGAUCCCGUGGAGAAUUUGAGGGUUUUGUAGCUGUAGUUAACAAAUCCGUGAGCGCUCGAUUUGCUAUGCUGGUCUCUAUGGCUGAAAGUCUUGUGGCCUCACUCCCGUGGCCACCUGCAUUUGAAAAGGAUACCUUCCUCCGGCCAGACUUCACCUCUCUCGAUGUUGUAACUUUUAGUGGUAGCGGUAUUCCUGCUGGCAUCAACAUACCAAACUAUGAUGACAUCAGACAGACGGUUGGCUUUAAGAAUGUCUCAUUGGGGAAUGUUCUAUCGGUUGGAACAGCGACAGAGCGUAGCAAGUUGACAUUCCUAUGUGAAAAUGAUAAGGAUGUGUUUCUAAAGUAUCGUGGUCCCUCUUUUGAAGUUCAAGUUGGUCUUCAUGAGCUACUUGGUCAUGGAAGCGGAAAGCUUUUUGUACAGGAUGACAAAGGGGCAUUUAACUUUGAUAAAGAGCAUGUUAUUAACCCAGAGACUGGGGAAACGGUAAAAAGUUGGUACAAGGCAGGUGAAACAUGGGACAGUAAAUUCUCCACAAUUGCCUCAACAUAUGAAGAGUGCAGAGCUGAGUGUGUUGGGCUGUAUCUUUGUGUUAAUGAAGAAGUACUACGGAUAUUUGGACACGAAGGUCAAGAAGCACAGGAUGUGUUGUAUGUGAACUGGCUGAAUAUGGUCAGAGCAGGACUUCUUGGACUUGAGUUUUAUACACCAGAGACAAAAAAAUGGAGACAGGCUCACAUGCAAGCUCGUUUUGUUAUUCUUCGGGUUCUUCUGGAAGCUGGACAAGACUUUGUCACGGUCUCUGAGAAAGUUGGGGCUGAUGGACGCCCUGAUGCACAGGUGACUUUAGACAGAAAGAAGAUUCUAAGCGUUGGCUUGCCAGCUAUCCAGUCAUUUCUGCGGAAGCUACAGGUGUAUAAGGCCACAGCAGAUGUAGACCGUGCCCGGGAAAUGUAUGAUGGAUACUCUGCAGUAACAGACUCUGAUCCAUACCGGUUCCUCACUCUACGUGACAUUGUUAUCUUAAGAAAAGAGGAACGUAAAUCGUUUGUGCAGAUAAAUACCCGGCUCACAGGUGACACCGUGGAUGUUCUGCAGUAUGAAAGCAGCCCCACAGGUCUGAUCCUGUCAGUUGUGCAGAGAUUUCCUGAUGAUGAGGAUGAAUUGGAAAGAGAAAUAUUGGAACUGAGCUUUGCUGAUGCCCACUUCUGGGAGAAUCAAGGAAGCCGAUAAUUAGGCAAUAUAAAGCAAUAUGUGGUGUCCUGCAGCCGUUUGAUAAAAUGGAUAUAAGAUUCAGUACUCUGCAGGGCCUAAAGAUAUAUGUGUCUUAUUAUGGUUAUGGUGUGCAGAUAUCUGGUAUGGGAAGUAUUGGUGAUGCUUUGCGAGCCUAUGAGACAAAUGUUAAGAAAGUAGUAUAGCUUAUAUGACAUGUAGGCUGUGAAUGUGUUAUAAUAACCCUACUAUGGAUCUGUGAGCACAAGGAUGAAUUGAAUUAUUUACAAAAUUUGUGGGUUACAGAACAGUGUUCUGCUGGUCGCCUUAGCAAUGGUCAGAUAAACUGGAUUAAUUCUAAAUAAAAUGACAUUACCAAAUCUA